AUGAAGUCAAGCCAGCAUGUUGAAAGCCUAUAUAGUCAAUUAAAAAGUAUUGAAAGUCGUGUUACUCUGAUUGAUAGGUUGCUUGCAGUAAUUCGACAACAACAUAAAGAACACACUCAAAAGUUUGAAUACAAAACGUUUUUACAUCAGAAUAGGCAUACACAAGAUGACAAAGACCAGGUCUGGAAAAGUGAAUAUGGAGUUCUUAAAUGCGCUGAUAAUAUAUAUGAUGUAGUGCAAAUCGGUGAUCAAGCAACAAUAACAUGCAUGGUGCAAAUUGGAACACCAAGUACUUGCACAUGUUUGUAUCCAUGGCACACUAGGACUCCAUGCCAACAUAUAAUUAUAGUAUACUUACUAUAUAUGCGCACUUGUAUACCACAAAGUGAGGUUCAUAAACGUUGGCAUGUGCUGCAUACUAAUUGCGUUCAAGAUCCUGUUCCCCAAGUUGCUGCACAGAUUUUCCAAAAGCUACCAGAGUGUCAUCAUAAUGAUCUAAUAAAUCUUAUGCAAAAUACCCAAACUUGA